GACGUGUGCCCUUGGGAGAACCUCGGGAAAUCGUCCAAGUCGUUGGCGCCAGGUUGUGUUUGUUGUGAUUCGCGGAACUGUAAUUGAUACCGAGUUUGAUCUUUGCUGUUGUUUACGUCGAGUGUGAUCGCGUCGCUGAUCAGUCGGGGAUCCAGAAAUAGCACAAGCGGUCAGUCUGAGGGUUCCAGUUCGAGCUCGAGAGCGAAGGGGGUUGAAAAUUGGUAUUGAUGAUGUUUUAACUCGCAGUGAAAGAUGAAUAUUUGAACAAGUUCGGAGAAGACCGACCGCAGCCGGUGUCAGCCGGGCCAGAGACGAGUGGUCUUGUUUUCGAGUGUCCCGCGUGUGUGUUCAAGAUUCGACCAAAGGUUCAACGAAGCGGAGAUAUAUGGUGCAGUUUCAAUCAGUGAAGAAGCCGGUCGUCGUUCUAUAUUUGGAAGAAUUCAGGAUGAGUGAGUUACUGGCACCGAUCCUAGUGUCGCCGGUUCAAAAGUGAAUUAGUGAUCUAAGAGCGCCAGCUUUGAGCAAAAACAACACAAGUUUAAAGAAACAAUUCUUGGCUGAACCAGCCAAACCACCCACAACAAAAAUUCCGUCCAACGAGAAACGGCCGAGCGUCAUGGUGGCCAAAACGCCCGAGGGCAUCUCGCUGGAGAACCUCAGCAAGCAGCGGGCCUCGGUCUACAUCGACCCGGACACCGAUCUGUACCUGGAGCUGCAGUAUCUCCAGUCGCGGGCUGACCUCACCAAGUGUACCUGCUUCGACCUGAAGCUGCUGGCGUCGUCAGGAAAGAAACCCAACCUAAAGACAUUUCAGGAUGUGCAAUCACUCAUACAGCAGGGCAAGAAACGUGAAGCCAAACUAGUGCUAAGGGAAAACUCGUGGCCCACCAACUCGCCGAUCCGAUCGCAGCUAUGGCCGGCCCUGUGCAGCCAGCACCACGUUGGGAAGAACAUGCUGGACGGGUUCUACUGGGACAUGGUGAACCAGGUCUUCGGCACGACCGAGCUGCCGGAGAAGCCGAUCAUGCUGCCCCCGUUCGUCGACUCCACGCACUGUCUGCCGUACCACCUGACGCGGAAGGGCCGGGCGGUGGCGGACCGCGUUGUCAGUGUCCUCGGGUACGCCUGCCCGGACAUCACCUACAGUCCGACGCUGUACCCGAUCACGGCGAUGCUGCUGCACUUCAUGUCCGGUAAGUUUCAAGUUGUACUGUGUGACCUCCCCUGCGAAACGUACUUUAAGUCAAACAUCGGAAAGCAAGAAAAUUUCGGUCUGUUUGUUGUUUCAACUUGCGCUGCGAUGCGAAAUUCGCCGAAAAAAUCCGCCGUGCUGUAUUUAACGAGAUUAUGCCCGGGCCAAAAGUCCGAGCGCAUCUUCAUGGACUGGUGCUGGUGGAUCCUGGGCGGGCUGCCCUUUCCCCACCUGGUGCGCGUCAUGGACUGCUUCUUCCACGAGGGCAUCAAGGUGCUGUACCGGGUGUCGCUGGCGGUCCUCAUUCUGUUCCACAAGCACGCCACCGCCACCAACAGCGACUGGGACGCGGACACGAUCAAGAACGACAUCGACAACGCGCUGCCCAAGUUCUGCAAAAACAUCCCGGUGUCGCCCGCGAAGCUGCUGCGGACGGCGUUUAGUAUAAGAGCACUUAGUUCAACCUACAUAUCUAGGAUUUUUCUAAAGACUGAAAUGGUACUAAAGAGUAAGUCUGUCCUUAGUGGUUCGAAGCAGAUGGUAAGAUCACGUUCUAGCGAUAAUUUACCAACGAGUCAAUCCCAAGUCAACGUACAAAUGAUGUCACACACACUAACCAUUAGAGAGAGAUCCAAGGAUUGUCGGGACACGUGCCGGGCCAUGGUAGGGGGUGCGCACUCGCCCGACGUGAGAGUUUUAUCGAUGGGCGUUUUCCCGACACAAGCAAUAAAAAGCAAAGUUUGCGAUCAGGAUGACCUAUUUACGCUUUGGUCCUGGCUGCCAGUAAGGAUAACAAUGUAUCAACCCGUACUGCUAUACACGACGGAGGAGCACGGUUGCUCGCUGACGACGUUCUACGUGCGGGUCGAGCAGCACGAGCCGACCCUGCUCAUGAUCAAAACCUGCAACAAUGAGGUAUUCGGCGCCUACUGUUCGUCCCGGUGGUUCGAGCGCAACCUGAAGGACGACCGCGGCCAACGGCAGGCGUACUUCGGUACCGGCGAGACGUUCCUCUUCUCGCUGUACCCCGAGCGGGCCAAGUACCCCUGGGUGGGCAUCGAGGGCGACAAGGGCCUGGGGCACGCGUCGGAGCUGUUUAUGGCGGCGGACUCGAAGAUGAUCACCAUCGGAGGAGGCUCCGGCCAGGCCAUCUGGAUGGACGAGAACAUCCGCUUCGGCAAGACGGACCGCUGCCAGACGUUCAACAAUCCGCCGCUAUGCGCGAGCGGUGACUUUGAGAUCCGAGUGCUCGAAGUGUACGGCUUUGUAGAAUGUGAAUAACGGUUUAGGAUUAGAGAAGAAGAUUGUACACACACGACUCUACACCAAACGCUAUGAUUUAGGAUGUUUUAUUUUGUUUCGUUAUUUGAAAUGAGAUGAGAAAGUGUGUGGAUUCACCGUCAACCACAACAACGCUUGAAUAAAGAGCUGAGUGUUAAAUACUACCCCCGGGAGCAGUAAGUUGCCCGCAAACUUAUCUACUAUCUACAUCUAUAUUGCAUUCUCUUCCUAAGUUAUGCAGUAAAAACAUAUUCGCUCUUGCAUGAUGGAACCUUUCAUCAGUCAAUGUUUAGUACUAACUCGGCUCUCAAACAAGCAUACUUUGAGGAGUAGAAUUAGCGUGAUAUACAACGAACUAACCCCAAAAUCCCCCCUCUAGUUUUGCCAUAUUUUAACCCCCUUUUCCCGUCACUUAAAUUUGGGUGUGUGAACUUAUAUCAAAGUAUAACAUUCCACCGUUUUUCGUCGUCGUUUUUUUUCUUCUUUCAUUUCGAUGAAAAGUCUCCUCCUCCCGGCUGUUGAUGUUGGAAAUAUUUGUAAAAAGUUGAAAUAAUAACAUUCUAGUCCUGUUUGUUGUACCUUCCCCUCCCCCAUACCGUAUCUGCUCUAAGCUUUAAGCGAACAACGAAGUCGAAUCAAUGAAAAACUACUCUUUGUGGAAGGUGUAUAUUUGUUUCAGUGUGUGCGUGUAUCUUUCCUCCCAGGAAAACAGAAAGUUGUCGUUUCAGUAGUGAGAUGGAGGUUUCUGGUGGCUUUGACACGGAUUGUGAGAAAAAAAAUUAAGCACUGAAGUUUUUUUUUAAUAACUCGAUAUUUUCAUGAGUCAUUUUUUUUAAAUGAAUCAAUAUUGGACUAAUCUCAGCUUGGUAUAAAUUUUAAUAAAUUCUGAAUAAAUUAUUUUUUUUAAGAAUUUUGUGAAGAAAUUGUUGAAUUAAAUCUAAUUUAGAAAUUCCAAACAUCUGUCAUAUUUUGUUUUAGCUGUUUUGUAAACAGCACUAGAAGUUCAAACCUGCACUAAUAAUUACAUGAGAUUCAUUAAAGUUGCCAAAAUCGAAAGACUGUUUUCCUAAAGAAAUUUUCGUUUGAUUCUCUCUCUCUCAGUGAGUACUCAGUAAACUUUUCUUCUGAUUGGAUUUUUUAAUGUUUGCCAUCAAGGUUGUUAAUCGAUAAAACUAUCGUAGAAAAUGUUAGCGUCUAACGAUAACGAUAAUGGUUAUCAUCAUCAUAUCAUGUCGAAUUUUCAUUUUUUUUUUUUCAUUUAGAUUGUUUUAUUGAUAAUGUCGUGAGUUUCUGUCCAUAAAUAAGGCCAUUGCAAAUUUUAUUUCACGUUUCAAGUGAAAAUUCAUACAAAAUUUCACACCGUCUGAUACCCAUAUUGGAAAUCAUGAAAAUUUGAGUGUUUUCGAAAAAAUACGGUAUAUUGUAAAUAUUCGAGUAUUUUAUAAAACAGUCAUAAAUAAAGUUAAAAUGCAUGCAAAAUUUCGCUUUAUUUGAUACCUAUAUUGCAAAUUAUGAAAACGUGAGUAUUUUUUUUUGUUUGGAUGAAACACCCUAAUACAUAUAAAAAACUCUAAUGUAGUGAAAUGCAUGCAAAAUUUCACGUCAAAAAAAUACGGUAUUUUGUGAAAAUUCGAAUGUUUUACAAAAAAAAAUCGUAAAUAAAGUGAAAAUGCAUACUAAAUAACUCUUUAUUUGAUACACAUAUUGUAAAUUAUGAAAACUCGAGUAUUUUCAAAAAUACGGUAAUUUAUGAAUCGAACCUCGAUAAUUUUAUCGAUAACGACCUCGUCUUGUCAUGUCAUUAGGACACGUAUCAAUAAGAACGAAUUUCUUCUGAAAAUCAUGAAAAUUUUGAAAUUACUGAAAUUUUGCUUAAGUUUGAAGAGAGUUUCGUUUGAUAUUUCGUUUUUUAUGCUCUCAAAUAUUGGAAAUAUUGUAAGUUCAUAGAUAUUUAGGAAAUUAUCUGAAGAACAAGCGAAAUGAAUUUGCUUUUAAUGUUUUUUUUUUCUUUUAAUCCGUGUCAGAUUACCUUCGACGCUCAAUAACCCUUGCUGCAUGUUGUAAAAUAACUUUGAUAUGUCUUCUUCGAGCUACUUGACCUAUUUUGCCGCCGCCCAAAACUCCUCCCUGAACUUGUUGUCACUUUUACUGUUUUAAUUGCAUACCCGAGCUGUCAAACCAACAGCAACUCUCCGUUAGAUUGGAUUCUUUUGGUUCCGCCUAAAUGUGUGUUUCAUUCACAAUCGUGUAUAAAUCGAAAAGUUAAUUGUGAUUAAUCGCUGUAAAAUACAAACAAUCAUUAUUCAUUGCAAAACAGUACAUAUUUAAUCUAAACGGUUUGAUCAAAUUAUCCCAUUUACAACAAUAAACUUAUACAUUUAGCCUUAUAGGAACGUGAUUAGAGCAGACUAUUAUUAAGCAAAAAAAAACAAACAAAAUGCAGUUGGACCAUUGAAACAAAUUUUGACAGAGACAAAGAGCGAUAAAGAGAAAGAGCAAUAGGCGUUAGGCGUAGGAGAAAAACAAAAGAACGAGUCACGUUAUGGAUCAAAACAUUUACAAUAGAACCGAAUACAUUUAACGACCUCACACUCACACACACACUCAUGAAGGUAGAUUAUGAAAUCACACGCAUACACACCAAUCCACCUACGCUUCAAGCUUUCGUUUGCAAUAAUCAUUCAAAAAAUAAAAUCAUGAGAGAAAUUUUAAACGUAAAUCAGACAUUUGAAAGAAAAAAAAAGUUUCAGCAAAUAAAUGUUAAGCAUUCAUUAAACCACAAUCCAAAAAAGAGAGAAAAAACAACGGUCUCCAUAGUCAAGUAAAUGUCGUCAAACGAAUCAAACAAAACAAACAUACUGUUAUAAGAACAAUUACAAGCAAAGUUACUCUCACUCUCUCUGUAUAAUGAGAGGCGCGAGAGAGUUUGUUGAGAAAAAAAGCUGUUUUCGGUAGUUCUUAGUAGGCCGCGUGGCUUCGAUAUCUGUGUGUGCGUGUGCGUUAGUGUUAACAGUAGUGACAGCAGCAGACAAAUAACAAAAAACAUAGCUAUUGUUCUGAACAAUGUAAUCAAUAAAAUAAUGAGGGAAAUCGAGGAAAAGGAAGCUUAGCAUUCGUCUUGCGGGGAAGCAAUCAGCAAAUGAGCUUGGCAUGCUUUGAUAAUGGUCGUGUGUUUGGAGAAACCCAAAAUGGGUGAGGAAGCGCUUGCUCUUCAAAGUUAGUCAACUUGUUUUAUCCGGAGAAUGUUUUGUUACAACAUUGCAAACCAACUUGAGUUUCUGUAUAAAUUGUGUAACGAUGAGAUGUGUAACUAUUUUCUUCAUAAUCAUUACAGUAUAGUACGUAUGAUAGGCAACCAAACCUAUGUUAUUGUGAUUUUUAUUAUUAUUAUUACUACGGUAUAGUUUUUGUUAUAAAAUGACCUAUUUGUAUAGUGUUUGUAAAUUUACGAUUUAUUUAUAUUUAGUUUAUUGGAGAUGCAAAUAAUGCAAGUGAGAAAAAAAAACCUUCUGAAGUGGGCGAAAUAAUACUGAGAAUGAAUCAAAACCA